UAGUUUCAUGUACUGGUUAGGGGCGUAACCCAGGGUAAAGGAAAAUCACCCUGUCAUUGGAUUUGAUACUAGACCCCAUUAUUUUCCGUACGUCUAUUUAAAGCCAACCAUUCCUCUAAAACGUAGAACAAAGUUGAAGAGUCGUAGGAUACUUCACAGGAAGAUACUAUCCACAAUGAUGACUUGUGUACGCCAUAUAUAGCAGCUCUUUUACAACAGAGGUGGUGGUUAAACGUAAGGUGUUGACGCGAUACGCCUUGUAGUUUUAGUGAAGUAUUUCCCUAGAUUGAGUGUUAAAGUGUUAAAUUUAGGACAAGUGACAACAACCAUGGAUGACGUUACAGCUACCUUAGCCAGAUUGGGUAUCCGGUCAGUGGAGGAUGUCAUUAGACUGCCGGACAUGAAAUCAGUAUUCAUAGUCAUGAGGAAGCUAGGAUUGACCACAACUGGACUGAAAAGGCAGAGAGAUGCCGAGAGAGUGCUACUCUCCUACUGGAGAGAGCAUGUUGCUCGUACAAGAAAUAGGGACAAUGGCUUCAAGCAUGCCCUGUCAGACGACAGAAAGAACAGACGCUUUCUAGGAGAAAAGUAUGAUGAAGUGAUUGACCACUACAAGAAGCUUCCAGAACAACACCGACGCGACCUUGACCAAUUCUUCAAGGGCAUCGUUGAAGCUGUGAAACAAAAGAAAGGCGAGCUGGCAAGUAGUGAUUGCGCCAUUCUUGUAGCGGGGGAGACAUCUGCAGGGAAGAGCAGUUUUAUCAAUCUUUUACUGGGGACAGAACUCUUACCGACAAGCGACCUACAGUGUACUAACACGAUCUGUGAGAUACGAUACUCGCGCGACGGUAACAAGUAUGCCGUGCUGCACCACCGAUCUAUCGGGAGCCAGAAACGCAAACCGGAAACUAUAGAUCUCGAGCGUGGCAAAGGCAUCAAUGUCCUAACAAAGGUGGUUACUGAGCUGGACGAAGACACGGAGGAAAGUCCGUAUUCCAGGGUGGAGAUAUUUUGGCCCAUUGAGAUUCUAGAAUCUGGUAUAGUGAUUGUGGACACACCCGGUAUAGGCGCUAGUCGGCAGCUGUCGAAGAGUGUGGCGAGGUUCCUCUCUAAAUCAUUUGGCUUCAUCUACAUAAUCAACAGUGCUAAUGCUGGCGGAGUACAGAAAGGCAGGUUGAAGGACUUCCUCAGACUAGUUACCACAUCGGUUGACGAGGAUUUCAAUUCCCGAGCCACCAUGUUUAUUUGUAACAAGUGGGACACCGUGCCAGAAAGAGACCGGAAAGAUGUAUACAAAAAUACCAUCCUACAGCUGAAACGCUGUUAUAACGCCGUCAGGGUGGACCAGAUUUACCGCCUGUCCACGUCAGAGGCACUAAAAGCGAUGAUCUUCGCCGACUGCACCACGGAAGAGCACGAUAUGGUUCUCAAGGGAUUAGAACGGCUCCUACCGAACAGUCUGAAAAACCAACUAGCUUCUCACUACGGAUGGAUAUCACAAGUGUUAAAGCGGUCUCACUACUCACUUAAGGUCGCCAAGUUGAUGAACGCUAAAGGAUUGGAAGAGAAGGAACAACUACAGAAAACGUUAAUGACACAAAUGGACCGUUUAGACAGGGACGCUAAGUAUACUUUAGAUAGCAUGCGCAGAGAGGUCAAAGAAGAGCUUGAGAACCUCUACGGACAGAUUGACCGUCUUCUGUCCUCGACGGAUGUACAGGUUCGUAUCUGUCAGUGGGAAGCCGGCCAUUGCCCACCGGCGGAAAACUGGAAGAAAGUUGUCCGCGAGGCGGAGAGCAGUAUCGCCAAACGUGUAAUCAGUGAGAUCAAUCUGUGGGAUGAUCAAAACGGCAUCGUCAAACAUCUCAAGGACAAAAUUGUAAAAAAGUUCAAACGGAACUUUCAACUUAUGGAAGACCAAAUGCGGGAUGUUGAAGUUGUUCUUCUUCCGGGCGAUAAACAUGCGGUGUCAGACUUUCACAAGUCGAUGAAAAGACCUGCGCCUGUGAAGAACGUGUUCCAAAAGGCAGGAAAGCAGGGGGUCCAGAUCACCGACGACCUUAAGAGAAUCGGGGGAGCAGUAGCCUGCGCUGGAUCAUUGAAUACUAAGUCUAAGGAAGUAAGGCAUAUAUUUAAAGCGUACAACAAACGAGACCCAAGGAAGAGCAUGGAGGAUGCCUCAAUGAUAUUCAUGCAUAGUGUAACACAAGGAAACGUACUGAGGGCAAAACUGGAUCUGUUUCUAGGAAAGUACAUGAAGGGCAUAGACGACAUUGCUAAAAUGAUCCCAGACCUCCUCAAAGCUGACAGGAUAUUGAUGGAUACUUUGAGGAUGGAAAUGAAGGAAAACAAAGGUCUUCUGGCCAAUCUCUUUCCAGACCUUUUGUUCAAUAUUUCCAAGAAGCAGGGUCUGCUUGACAUGUUCUUUGUGACAUGUAUCAUGGAAUCCGACUUCAGAAUGAGGGAACUUGAUAUAAACAGAGCCAAGCCACUUGGGAGUGGAACGUUCGCUGACGUUUUCAAGGGCAACCUUAGACCAGCCGGUGAGGCGGAAACAAGAGUGGCUGUUAAAAUUAACAAGGAGUACAUCACUGCGUCCAACGUGAGCGACCUCCUUUUGGAGGACCGCACAUUAAGAGAUCUCAAUCAUAAAAACAUAGUCACCUAUUUUGGGUCAGUUCUCAGCCAGAAUGAAAAGUUGCGCAUCAGCUGGAUCAUGCUCCUAGAAUUCUGCAAGGGCACGUUGAAAGACGUGUUUCUGGAGGACUCAUACGAGAACCCCGGAAAACUUGGAAACAGACGCAAUGAUCAAAUACGUGCCAUGCGGAAUAUGUCUCGGUACGUGAUAGAGUUGUGUCGCGGACUACAGUACUUACACGAGAAGGACUUGGUGCACCGCGAUCUGAAACUGGAGAACGUGCUGGUAUCAAUGGAAGAUACAGUAAAGCUGACGGACGUCGGACUUACAAAAGGCGCUAAUAUGAUAUCGGGAACUCUCGUGGGAUCCCCCGUGUACAUGGCACCGGAAGUACUUGUAACACGUGACAUAUACGACCACAAGGCGGACAUUUACAGUCUCGGUAUUAUGCUGUGGGAGAUGUGGUACGGUAUUGACGCUGCAGAACAUAUCAUACACUACAUCCACAAAUCACUGGAGGACUCAGUCCAAAAAGGCCUCAGGCCGGAUAUGUCCAUCCAGCACCGACCCCCGGAUAAUUGGAUAAACGUGAUCGAGCGAUGCUGGGACAAAGACCCCGUGACCAGACUGGAAGCUGCAGGCGUAGGCAACUUCUUUGAAAAGGUGUCAAAGUAAAGUUUAAACCUCAAAAAGUAUACUUAGUGUCACGUAUGACAGCAGUGCCAUGGUGAGCCAACAGUGAUGUUGUAACCAGCUUGAUCUGAUCUUGUGAGCUAUCAAUGAUGUUUUGAACAAGCUUGAUCUGAUCUUGUGAGCCAGCAGUGAUGUUUUGAAGAAGCUUGAUCUGAUCUUAUGAGCCAGCAGUGACCUUGUAAGCCAGCUGUGAUCUUUUUAGCCAGCGAUGACCUUGUGAUCCAGCAGUGACCUUGUGAGCCAACUGUGACCUUGUGAGCCAGCAGUGAUCUAAGCUUCGGAAUGAGAAGUCAUCAACGUUAUCCAUAUGGACUUUUGAUGCAUCACUGCCCUCACAUCUAAGUCUAUCCACCAAUGAGCAUGUGUGUCAGAUAGAAGUAGUUUAUACAAACAAUCUUGUUGUUAUAGUCCUAUUGAAGAACAUGUCUUUGCUGUGAGUUCUUUUCACCAUUUUGUUGUUAUAUAUAUAUCAAACCUGAAGAGCCCUGUGAAGGGUGAAAGCAGCUAGUUUUUUAGU